UUCAGAACUGAGCUGGUCUGGAAAACAGUUCCCUCCCUCUCUCUCUCUCUCUCUCUCUCUCUCUAAGACCCAGGACUGUUUGGGUUUAGUAGGGCUCGGCUCCUGUUCCAAACUCGAUUGGCUUCCCUGUUCUUGCAUUAAAAUGUCAGAGAUGAUAAGAGUUUCUUGAUUUAGUUUGAAACUGUGUUAUUUUGGUGAAUUCUCAAUGAUCUCAGAAAAGGGUACUUAGUAUUUGGCUCGCUAUCUUCAUUUCUUGAAACAAGGCAAGUGAGAUGUGUAGAAAUUUGAACAACAUUCAAACACUCAAGGACACGGUGCAUGUGAUCUUGACAUCAUUGGUUAUUUCAUUGGAUCAGUGAGUUUUGAAUUUAUUUACUUGAAAUCUCAGAUGCCAGAAAUGCCACCCAAGUGCCGUUUGAAAAUGGAUAUGGGGUUGGACAAAUUUAGCAACUUACCAAGUGAUGUUAUAGAAAAGAUAUUGUUACUUUUGCCAAUUAGGGAUGCAGUGAGGACAAGUGUUUUAUCUAACAAGUGGAGGUACCGAUGGGCGAAGCUUCCACAGCUUGUGUUUGAUGGUCAGUGCGUCUCGUCUCAAAACCACACAUCUUUUGUGACCAUUGUCGAUCAUGCACUCUUAGUUCACAUUGGCCCCUUACAUAGCUUCAAGCUUUCUCAACAAGGCUUUCUAGCCAGUAGAGAUAUCGAUCGAUGGAUUGUCCAUCUAUCAAGACACUCUAUCAAAGAGUUUAAACUUGAACUUCACGAAGGGCAGUGCUACAACAUUCCUUCAUGUUUGUUUUCUUGGCAAGAUAUGAUUCAUUUAAAGCUGAAGAAUUGUUUUCUAAAACCUUUGCCCACAUUCAAAGGCUUCAGGAGCUUGAAGAGACUUGAUAUUGUGCGUGUUACCUUGGCCCAAGAUGUUCUUGAAAAUCUUAUUGUUUGUUGUCCUCUUCUCAAGACAUUGACUUUCAUAGACUGUGAUGGUUUCACCCGUCUCAAGAUUGAUGCUCCAAAACUUCAAUUCUUAGGCUUUAGGGGUCGUUUUGAUGAUGUUAUUCUUGAAAACACCAUAAAUCUUGAUGCUGUUACCAUUUAUCUGGAGGUUACUGUUGACCAAAGAUGGGUUCCCCAUAGUUCUAGCAAUCUGGUCUUGUUUUUCCUUCACCUGCCUCGUGUUCGAAGACUUGCAAUCAGGAGUAACUUUUUAAAGUAUUUGGCUGUUAGUGCCUUGACAAGAAAGGUGCCUAAACCAUGUUUGCAUCUGAAAUUUCUUACUAUAGAGAUACACUUUAAUGAUCUGGAGGAGAUUUUAACUGCUGUACGCCUUCUGAGAAGCUCCCCUGCUUUACAAGAACUAGAAAUCGCAGCCUUCCCAAAGGAUCGAGCUGUUGUGGGAGAAGUGAACUCUUGGUUAGAUGACAACCUCAUUUGGUCAUUCACUAAACUGCGACUUGUGAAAAUAACCAGCAUCUCUGGUGCCAAAGCUGAAUUAGAUUUCAUUAGAUUUUUGCUUUUAAGUUCACCUGUGCUUGAGAGGAUGACUAUUAAGCCUGCUUCUGUCAAUGGUUCUUCAGAACUGCUAAAAAAGUUGCUCCGGCUUGGGCGUGCCUCAGUGCAUUCAGAGAUAAUCUACUUGGACCCGUGAUUCAUCUGUGGAACUUUGCGGCUAAGAUAGGAGAACCUACCUGCAGGAAUGAAUGUGGCUCUGGACUGUUUGGCAGGAGUCUUUUAUGUCUGUUUGUUAUUAAAAAUCUCCAUACUUUUAUUGCUAGUCCUCAUGACGGUGUUACUGCUUAAUAUCUUCGGAAAUUGGAAACCUCUGGAACUGUAUUAGCAUUUUUCUUUCCAAAUCAAUGAUAUUAUGGACUGCAGGGUAUUUCCUCAA